UUAAGUAUGUUCCCUUCUUUCACCUCUCACCACGCGUGGCAAGGCAGUACGACCGGUCAAUUGAAUCGGUGAUUUUGCAGGCUGCCGCUAUGGACUAAUCGUUAGGGUUUCUGUUUAACCUUUGAAUAUCAAAAGUAUUUCAGAAAUCAGAAGACAUUUAAUUCAGUAUUAAACAAGAGUUUAUUAAGAUGGAGCCGGAGGUGAUAGAAGCAGAGUUAGUGUUGCCGAUCCACCUUAAUUUCAAACGAAUUCAAAUGUACGAAAAGUAUCCUAAAGGCCAAUCUAGAGGCAGGCACUGGAAACAUUUGAAGCAAAUUCUUCAAGCCGAGAACUAUAACAAUUACUCCCCUGAUGAACCCAACUAUGUUAAUAUUGAGUCACCUCCCUCAAUGCAUCCAUGCAAGAGAAUUUGUGAUAUAACAGGAUAUGAGGCACCAUACUAUGAUCCUAGGACUACUCUUCGAUAUGCAAAUGCUGAUAUCUUCAAGGUCAUAAGAUCACUUCCUAAUGAGUACGUCCAGAGGUAUUUGGCCAUGAGAAAUGCAGCGGUAGUUUUAAGGUCUUUGGCUAGCUCAUUGGUGGGGAAGCAUGCCUUGGAUGAUAUAUGGCUUUCACGCCCUGGGUUCUCCCCCAACUAUGAUGGUUUUAUUUUAUUUAUUUAUUAUAUGUAUAUAUACGUACAUAUAUAUAUAUUUCUUAAUUUGUUUUAUUUUCUUGCUUUUUAUAUUUUUAUAUUUUUUUAUUUUAGAUUAUUUUUAUAUUUCUUAAUUUUUGUUUUAUUUCUUAAUUUAUUUUAUUUUAUUUAUUUAUUUAUUUAUAUUUCUUCAUUUGUUUUAUUUUCCCCUUCAUUUAGUCUUUUUUUUUUCAUAUUUAUAUAUCUAAUACAAGAGAAGAAUUGAUCAUCAAACAUAUUCAUGUUUUUAGCUUUCAAAAUUUAAGAAGCAGAAAACAAGAAAUUAGAAACAAGGAACUAGAAUCGAGAAACGAAAAUGUUAUCAAUUGAACACUUACUAGCUUGCAGUUGCAUACCGAAUUAAAACUAAUAUGCAUGCUAGUUCUACAUUUUCCUUUAAGUACUUCAAUUUGAUGUAUC